CGCUGAUUAGUUGUCAAAGUUUCUUUAAUUUCUAUUUUAUGAAAUGUGAARUUAUUAGCAUAUAAUAUUAUCCUUUUUAUUGCCAAAAUGAGGUUUGCACAGCUUGUUAUGGGUCCUGCGGGAAGCGGAAAGUCUACAUACUGUGAUGUUAUUCAUAAACACUGUGAGAAUAUCGGACGAAGUGUUCAGGUAGUCAAUUUGGAUCCUGCUGCAGAACACUUUAGUUAUCCUGUGGCAGUCGAYAUAAGGGAACUUGUUGAGCUGGAUGAUGUAAUGGAAGCUGAAGAUCUUAAACUUGGUCCAAAUGGAGGCCUGAUAUUUUGUUUAGAGUAUUUCGUCAAAAAUUUGGAAUGGCUUCAAGAGCAGCUUGGGGAAGGUGAUGAAGAUUACAUUCUCUUUGACUGUCCAGGACAAAUAGAAUUAUUCACUCAUUUACCACUCAUGAGACAACUUGUCGAGACUCUUCAACAGUGGGAUUUCAGAGUYUGUGGAGUGUUUCUGAUUGAUUCUCAGUUCAUGGUGGAAUGCAGCAAGUUUUUCUCUGGUAUUCUGUCUGCUCUGUCAGCCAUGAUUCAACUGGAGAUACCCCACGUUAAUGUGAUGACAAAGAUGGAUUUGUUGAGCAAAAAACAAAUGCAAGACAUUGAAAGGUUUUUAGAUCCUGAUCCAAGAGUGCUUGUACAUGAGCUUGGAGAUGGUAUGAAUAAAAAAUUCUGGAAACUCAAUGAAGCAAUUGCACAAAUGAUAGAAGACUACAGUAUGGUUUGCUUUUUACCCCUCAACUCAAAUGACGAAGACUCCAUCAGUCAAGUUCUUGACCAGAUAGACAUGGCUAUACAAUAUGGUGAAGAUACUGAUGUCAGAACCAAAGAUUUUAACGAGCCUGACAAGGAAGAUGAUGGUCUUAAUGAUCAAGAUGAAAGCUAACACUGCAGGAUUAGCAAGAGUGCAUACGAUAGAUCACAAUAUGACUCAAUGGAAUGAAUGCACAAAUGCUGGACCUAAAAGCUGAUGGUAAAAGUUGGCUGGGAAUGGCCAUGGAGGAAAGGGGCUUUGUGAAAGAGGAAGCUUACACAGAUUGGUUUGCUUUUGGACAAAAAAAAAGAUAUAAUCUUUGAACUGAUAGAGCAUGAUAGGCAAUGCAGAAAACACAAGGAUAUGGUACUUAAGCCAGAAGAACUAGAACUGGAUCAAAUACAUUAUGAGCUUACAUUGGAACUUGUCUCAYGAUUAGUAAUUAUUUUGAAGCUAUUGCACAACUAGCCUGCGUCAUAUCCGGAAUUUUCUUCGUAAAUACCRUAUGGUAUUUACGAAGAAAAUUCCGAAUGUGACGCGGGCWAUUGCACAACCCAAAAAAUACUUUGAUUAUUACUGUUGUUCUGCUCUAAUUGUGAACACUUGAAUUUAUUUUAUUUUUUAUUUGUGUAAAUUUACUUUUACUUUUUCUUUCUCUUUCGUCAUUUCAUCUCCUUGAAUAGCUUUUAUAGACUUUAAAUGCAUCUUACCCGAAUUCUAUUGUUUUUGAUUUGUGAUCUCAUUGGUUAACAAACUCRAAUGUUCACCAUUAAAGUAGAACAACAAUAAAGAUUGGAUGGCUUUUAAAGACUUUUAUCCAUUGUUAUGUAAAACAYCUAUCAGAAUGGCUUGUUAGAAAAUGGAAGUUGUGAAAUUAUGACAUAAAUUUUGAUUUUCA